AUGUCGAUGUCGACGACGUCGAUGGUGACUAGUCUCAUAAGUCCGCUUAAUGAGAAGUUAUGUGGUAUUGAUGAAGAAAUUUGUACAAAAAACGAGGUGCUCCCGGUUCGUUCAUCAACGGUUCCCGAAACACUUAAUUCGACUGCAGGCGGUGAUGCGGUGUACACGUCCGAUGUAAGCAACGGCAACCUCUCCGUAACAUCUGUACUUACCACCUCUUCAAUUCUCUCUUCUUCUUCGACGGAUGAAGAAAAUCGGCCUGCUGACAUGGAUAUUCUCCAAUUGAAUAACAAUCCCCAAUUGGGCAAAGAGAAAUUGUAUCUGGGCAGGUCAUUAACGAGUUCACCGGUAAUGAUGACUAGUCUCAUAAGUCCGCUUAAUGAGAAGUUAUGUGGUAUUGAUGAAGAAAUUUGUACAAAAAACGAGGUGCUCCCGGUUCGUUCAUCAACGGUUCCCGAAACACUUAAUUCGACUGCAGGCGGUGAUGCG